AUGUAUGCAUUGAAUCAAAACCUGACUACACUUCUUUCUUCAGUCAUACCUGGAGUUAUCCUUCUGCUUGGCUUGCUCAUACUUGCUAUCCGGUAUCGCAAGAAAUUGAAUUAUGUCUCUUCAGUCGUCCUUUCAAUCAACACGUCUCCCGAUCCCUCCUCUAAACCAGACCUUGAAGGAGGUAGUGUCUACUUUGGGGUCCCUGUCUUCUCCUACACUGAAUUAGAAGAAGCUACUAAUAACUUUGAUCCCUCUAAGGAAUUGGGAGAUGGAGGUUUUGGCACUGUAUACUAUGGAAAACUCAAAGAUGGGCGGGAAGUUGCAGUCAAGCGCCUAUACGAGCACAACUAUAAGCGAGUGAGGCAGUUCAUGAAUGAAAUUGAAAUCCUCACACGUUUGCGCCAUCACAAUCUUGUCACCCUUUAUGGUUGCACCUCUCGACUGAGCCGGGAACUCCUCCUCGUCUACGAGUACAUUCCUAAUGGCACUGUUGCUGAUCAUAUACACGGUGAUCGUGCAAAGGAUCGACCACUCGUGUGGUCUAUCCGCAUGAGCAUUGCCAUAGAAACAGCCAGUGCAUUGACUUACCUCCAUGCUUCUGACAUCAUCCACCGCGAUGUAAAGACUAACAACAUACUCCUUGACAACAAUUUUUGUGUCAAAGUUGCAGAUUUCGGGCUUUCCAGGCUUUUCCCCAAUGAUGUCACUCAUGUCUCAACAGCUCCACAAGGGACUCCUGGUUAUGUUGAUCCAGAAUAUCACCAAUGUUACCGACUUACGGAUAAGAGUGAUGUUUAUAGCUUUGGCGUUGUGCUCAUUGAGCUCAUAUCAUCAAUGACAGCUGUUGACAUUAGUAGGCAUAGGCAUGAGAUUAAUUUGGCUAACUUGGCGAUAAACAGGAUCCGACAUCGUGCAUUUAAUGAGUUAAUUGACCCAUCUCUUGGGUUUGAGUCAGAUUCUUCGAUUGAGAGGAUGACUACCAUGGUGGCAGAGGUGGCUUUCCAGUGCUUGCAACUUGAAAAGGAAAUGAGACCUACAAUGGAAGAGGUUUUGAGGGCUUUGAAGGAAAUUCAGGAUUCCAAAGAUGAGAACACUGGGGACGUAAUAGAGAAUGCUGAGGUGUUGACGAGUACACGGCCACCUCCUUCACCUGAGGGUGAUAAUAUUGUGUUGUUGAAGAAUGGCAAGGAGCUUCCUUCACCAGAUGCUGUGACCGAUAGAUGGGUUAGUUCCUCUUCCACAUCCAUUUCCAGUGGUUAAGGCUUCAUUUCCCUCUGCUUUACUUUAAAGGUAGUAAAAGCUAAGAAAAUGUUCGACACUCAUAUCAUGUGCAUGAAAGUGGUUUGUAUUCCUCCUCUUUUUUUCAUUUAUUUUUAUUUCCUCACCUAUGUUGUUGAUAUAGAUCAGCUAAUUAUAUUGAGGGAAUGUAUAUAGUAAAUGGAGUUUUUAUCAGUAUACAUGUUCAUAUUUGGAGAUA